AUGCCUCAUACCCUCGGUUCUGCGGCAGAGCUUCCCUUGCCUCGGAAGAGUACCCACACGAACCUCGAAAGAUCUGGCGGCUCAGCCGUCCGUGAUCUUUCCACAUCGGAGUCAUACUCAACAUAUGGGCCUUACGCACCACCAUGUUUUUCGGAAGCUCGAGGUGGCGUCUGGUGGCUUCAGAACGCGACACCUUGCUUCCGCAUGCAACCAAUGGCAUUGCUGCACGCCUGGAGCAGCUUCUUCCAUCCCAAUCCACUUGAGUCAAAUGGCACCUUCCCAUUGGUCCAUUCCCCAAGCUGCUGGGUAGCUGAACGUGAUUGGUUCGUUGAGGAUGAGCAUCUCCUCCUUGAUCCUAUCUUCCUGGAUCAAGUGGCUCCUUCCAUUGGCUCAUUGUUGAUCAGAUCAACAAGCUGCUGA